AUGCCUCCACCAUUUGAUAUGAUUUCUAAGAUGCAUCCUCCUAGAGAGGCUUGGAGGCUGAAAGUUAGGGUUCUAAGGCUUUGGGUUGUACCCUCUUUUGGUAACCAUGAGGUUCCUAACUCAAUGGAGAUGAUUCUCCUUGAUGAACAUUGUGGAAAAAUUCAAGCUACUGUCAAGAAACCACUCCUUAAUAGGUUUAGGGAUCAUAUAGUUGAAGGACAAGUUUAUAGAAUGGCAUAUUUUAGUGUUGUGUCAAAUCAUGGUAGUUAUAGAGCAACUUCCCAUGAAUUCAAAUUGGUUUUCCUUCACCGAACCACAGUUGUAGCUGUUGAUGAAGAUGUUAUCCCUAAGACUUGUUUCAACAUGUUUCCUUUUUCUGAGCUGCUGAACAUGACCCAAGAUUAUGAUUUUUUAGUUGAUGUCAUUGGACUUUUAACUUCAGUUGGAGAAGAGAAAGAAUAUGCAAGAGAGGGAAAAAUUGUGAAAAUGAUUGCAUUGGAAUUAACUUCAAAAGAUCUUACAGUGAGAUGUGCAUUGUUUGGGGAUUAUGUUAAUCAAGUAAAUCAUUUCCUUGCCUCUGGGUAUGUGGAGCAGCCUGUUGUAGUUAUUCAACUUGCAAAAGUCAAGUUCUUUCGGGGUCAAGUAGGUCUUCAAAAUGUCAUGUAUGCGACACAAAUGUUAUUUAAUCCUGAUAUUCCUGAAGUUGUUGAAUUCAGGCAGAGUAUGAUUGAGCAAUGUGUCAGUGGUACCCAGCCACUGUUUAUUGCAAAUGAAGGUAAGGUUCUCUCCUUGGAAGAUGACUUCAUGCGUCUAACUAGAAAGUGCAGUAUUGAAGAGCUUCAAGAUAACAAUCAGGAAGGUUCUUUUAUCAUUUUUGGAGCAAUCCAAGGUAUUGUUGAGGAUGGAGGUUGGUGGUAUUCUGCUUGUGUGUGUGGAAAGGGUAUCCAUCCUCAAAAUGGUGCCUAUUACUGUGAUUUUUGUUUGAAGCACAUAACUAAUGUGACUCCAAGAUUUAAAAUUAAAGUGACAGUUGAAGAUCAUACUGGGGAGGGUAUUUUCCUUCUCUUUGAUCGUGAGGCUUCCUAUUUGCUUAAGAAAUCAUGUGCUGAUUUGUUUACUGAAGUUCAAAGAGAUGCAAGUGUUAUAUGUGGGGAUACUUAUCCUCCCAUAUUCCAAGGGCUGAUUGGAAAGAAGUUGCUGCUCAAGGUUGAUACCAAAGGUGUCCCACAUGAUACAUUUUAUGGGACUUUCCGAGUUACGAGAAUUUGUGAUGAUUCCACCAUCAUUGCAAUGUUUGAACUUUCCAAUUAUGAUGCUGAUGAUGAGUCUUCUCCCAAAAAGGAGCAUGACUUACACAAAUCUGUUCCUGCUGGAAAAGCUGAUGUUGGUAUUAAGAAGGAGUCUUCUGAUAGUUUUAUCAAAACUGAGAAAGAUGCUGGUGAUUGUGCUGGGAUGUUGUGUAAAUCCCCAGUUCUUAUAGAUUUCUUGGCUGAAAAAUAGCCUGUUAUUUCUGUGGGGAGUGAAUUUGUUGGGUUAAUUGAUGGUGAGCAUGGAAAGGAAGAGAAAACUCCCAGCAAUGAUACUCUUAGUGAUGAUCUUUCUGCUGAAAUCGAUAUAUUGCUUAGCUCAACGGAAAAAGAAACUCAGGAGCUGUUGUCCCAUGUUCUUGAAGCACCUUCCCAAAAUGGAGAGAAGCUUACCCAUGAAAAUCAUGUUGUGACCUCCAAGAGUAAGAGAAAUUUGAAUCCUCAGUUUGAAGAGGUUGCUGUUGAUGCAGAUGGGCGUGGGUUGAAGGUUGCUAAGGUUAAUGGAGUUUGAUUGAAGGUGUGGAAUUGAGCUGCUGUGUGUAGGUGUAGGUGUCUUAUAUAGUUUAUCUAUAAGUAUUUAGGAAGGCUUGUGGUUCCAAAUAGAUGGACAUGUAAUCAUGCUGGCUUGAUGGUAUUUUGAUUUAACUUUUUUGGAUUGUGUCCAACAAAUAGCAUUGUUAGAUAUAGGGGUUUUGCUUUUGUGAUUGCUCGUGUAAUGUGCCAAGUAUGUCUAU